GUUUUCCAGAGGAAGUCUGGAACAUUUUCGGACUUUUAUUUUGAAGCUCAGCAACAGAUCUGCACCGGAAGCUGUAAUCCUGACUGCGGCUAACUUCCCCCUCUGACCAAGAUGGCGUCUCUUCGAAAGGAGUGUUAGCAGAGGGUCUUUGUUGUGUUAGAAAGAGGUAAAAUGUGUAAAGUCCAGAUGCUGAGAGCGUUGGUGGAGCAGCGACUAACUGCGGCUGCUGAAGAGAUAUUUGGGCUGUUUGAAAGAACGAUAGCAGAGUACGAGGAGGAACUUUGUCGUUCAAAAGAGGAGAACGAGCGACAACGGGAACUACUGGACGCUGUUUUCAACCCUCAGCUCCGGGUCCACAGAGCAGAUGUUCAGCAGAUGUUGGUGGUUGAAGAAGAUGUUUCCCCUGAGCAGCAGGAGUGUAGCUCCAGUGUGGACCAGGAGGAUCCAGAGGCCCCCCCACACAUUAAAGAGGAGCAGGGAGAACUGUUUAUCAGUCAGGAGGGAGAGCAGCUUCAAGGGCUGGAGGAGGCUGAUAUCACCAAGUUCCCAUUCACUCCUGUCCCUGUGAAGAGUGAAGAUGAUGAAGAGGAAGCUCAGUCCUCACAGCUUCAUCAGAGACAAACUCAACACAUGGAAACAGAAGCUGAUGGAGAGGACUGUGGAGGACCAGAACCAGCCAGGACCUUACAUCCACUUUUACAACAAGAGACUGAAGAACAGAUUGGAGACUCUUCUGACUUUGAGACUGAUGACAGUGCUGAUUGGAAGGAGACCAGAGAACCUCAGUCAGCUUUAAACUCUCUGAAACAUGAUUCAAGAUGUAAGAAAACAUUCAGCUGCUCUGAGUGUGGGAGGAGAUUUGACCGUAACUAUAGUCUGAUGCUACACAUGAGGACUCAUACAGGAGAAAGACCCUUCAGCUGCUCAAAUUGUAGUAAAAGAUUUCGCUACAAGUCCGAUCUGAAGCACCACAUGCUAAUUCACACAGGAGAAAAGCCUUUCAGCUGCCCAGUCUGUAAUAAACUGUUUACACAUAUUGGAAGUUUACGCUCACACAUGACAGUCCACACGGGGGUAAAACGAUUUAGCUGUGGUAUUUGUGAUGAGACAUUUCAGUGGCGUAAUCAGGUCAAAAGACAUAAAUGUCUUGGUCAUAAGGCGUCACAGCUUCAUCAGAGUCUAACAGAGGAGAACAGAGAGGCAGAGCCUCCAGGCAGCAGAGAAACUCAACACAUGGAAACAGAAGCUGAUGGAGAGGACUGUGGGGGACCAGAACCAGUCAGGAACUUGCAUCCACUGUUACAACCAGUGAUUGAAGACCAGACUGGAGACUCUUUUGAACCUGCUGAUGACAGUGCUGAUUGGAAGGAGACCAGAGAACCUCAGUCAGCUUUAAACUCUCUGAAACAUGAUGGAAGAUGUAAUAUUCAGCAGCUGUCAGUGGAUAAAGAAAGGAUUUCCCCUGAGCAGCAGGAGUGUAGCUCCAGUGUGGACCAGCAGGAGCAAGAGCCCCCCCCACACAUUAAAGAGGAGCAGGAGGAACUGUGGAGCAGUCAGGAGGGAGAGCAGCUUCAAGGGCUGGAGGAAGCUGAUAUCACCAAGUUCCCAUUCACUCCUGUCCCUGUGAAGAGUGAAGAUGUAGAAGAGGAAGCUCAGUCCUCACAGCUUCAUCAGAGACAAACUCAAUACAUGGAAAGAGAAGCUGAUGGCGAGGACUCUGGAGGACCAGAACCAGUCAGGAACUCACAUCCACUUUUACAACCAGAGACUGAAUACCAGAUUGGAGACUUUUCUGAAUCUGAGACUAAUGACGGUGCUGAUUGGAGGGAGACCAGAGAAUCUCAGUCAGCUUUAAACUCUCUGAAAGAUCGUUCAAUAUUUAAGAAAAAAUGCAGCUGCUCUGAGUGUGGGAGGAGAUUUGACCGUAACUAUAGUUUGAUGCUACACAUGAGGACUCAUACAGGAGAAAAACCUUUCAGCUGCUCAAAUUGUAGUAAAAGAUUUCGCUACAAGUCACAUCUGAAGCAACACAUGAUAAUUCACACAGGAGAAAAGCCUUUCAGCUGCCCAGUCUGUAAUAAACUGUUUACACAUAUUGCAAAUUUACGCUCACACAUGACAGUCCACACAAGGGUAAAACGAUUUAGCUGCAGUGUUUGUGACAAGACAUUUCAGUGGCGUAAUCAGGUCAAAAGGCAUAAAUGUCUUGGUCAUAAGGCGUUACAGCUUCAUCAGAGUCAAACGGAGGAGAACAGAGAGGUAGAGCCUCCAGGCAGCAGAGAAACUCAACACAUGGAAACAGAAGCUGAUGGAGAGGACUGUGGAGGACCAGAACCAGUCAGGAACUCACAUCCACUUUUACAACCAGAGACUGGAAACCAGAUUGGAGAGACUUCUGAAUCUAAGAAUGAUGUCAGUCUUGUUUGGAAGGAGACCAGAGAACCUCAGUCAGCUUUAAACUCUGUGAAACAUGAUUCAAGAUGUAAAAAAACAUUUAGCUGCUCUGAGUGUGGGAGAAGAUUUGACCGUAACUAUAGCCUGAUGCUACACAUGAGGACUCAUACAGGAGAAAGACCCUUCAGCUGCUCAAAUUGUAGUAAAAGAUUUCGCUACAAGUCAGAUCUGAAGCACCACAUGCUAAUUCACACAGGAGAAAAGCCUUUCAGCUGCCCAUUCUGUAAUAAACUGUUUACACAUAUUGGAAGUUUACGCUCACACAUGACAGUCCACACGGGGGUAAAACGAUUUAGCUGUGGUAUUUGUGAUGAGACAUUUCAGUGGCGUAAUCAGGUCAAAAGGCAUAAAUGUCUUGGUCAUAAGGCAUCACAGCUUCAUCAGAGUCUAACAGAGGAGAACAGAGAGGUAGAGCCUCCAGGCAGCAGAGAAACUCAACACAUGGAAACUGAAGCUGAUAGAGAGGACUGUGGAGGACCAGAACCAGCCAGGAACUCGCAUCCACUUUUACAAACAAAGACUGAAGACCAGAUUGGAGAUUCUUCUGAAACUGAGACUGAUGACAGUGCUGAUCGGAAGGAGACCAGAGAACCUCAGUCAGCUUUAAACUCUCUGAAACAUGAUUCAAGAUGUAAGAAAACAUUCAGCUGCUCUGAGUGUGGGAGAAGAUUUGACCGUAACUAUAGCCUGAUGCUACACAUGAGAACUCAUACAGGAGAAAGACCCUUCAGCUGUUCAAAUUGUAGUAAAAGAUUUCGCUACAAGUCGGAUCUGAAGCACCACAUGCUAAUUCACACAGGAGAAAAGCCUUUCAGCUGCCCAGUCUGUAAUAAACUGUUUACACAUAUUGGAAGUUUACGCUCACACAUGACAGUCCACACGGGGGUAAAACGAUUUAGCUGUGGUAUUUGUGACAAGACAUUUCAGUGGCGUAAUCAGGUCAAAAGACAUAAAUGUCUUGGUCAUAAGGCAUCACAGCUUCAUCAGAGUCAAACGGAGGAGAACAGAGAGGUAGAGCCUCCAGGCAGCAGACAAACUCAACACAUGGAAACAGAAGCUGAUAGAGAGGACUGUGGAGGACCAGAACCAGCCAGGAACUCACAUCCACUGUUAGAAUCAGUGACUGAAGACCAGACUGGAGACUCUUCUGAACCUAUGGCUGAUGACAGUGCUGAUUGGAUGGAGACCAGAGAACCUCAAUCAGCUUUAAACUCUCUGGAACAUGAUUCAAGAUGUAAGAAAACAUUUAGCUGCAGUGUUUGUAACAAAACAUUUGGCUGGCGUCUACAGAUCAAAAGACAUAAAUGUCUUGGACGUCAGUCAUCGCAACUUCAUCAGAGUCAAACUGAGAACAGAGAGGCAGAGCCUGAAACUCAGUCAUCUUUAAACUCUCAGAAACACGAUUUACGAUGUGAGGAAUCAUUUAGCUGCUCGGAGUGUGGGAGAAGAUUUGGCCAAAAGGGAAAUCUCAACAGACACAUGAUGACUCACACAGGAGAAAAACCUUUUGGCUGCUCAGUCUGUAAGGAAUCUUUUACACAGAGAGGAGAUUUGCAGAGACACAUGAGAACUCAUACAGGAGAGAAGCCUCUCAGCUGCUCUGAGUGUGGGAGAAGGUUUAAGGACAGGAGAAAUCUGAUGAGGCACACAAGAACUCACACUGGAGAAAAACCUUUCAGCUGCAUUGUUUGUAAUACAUCUUUUACACAGAGUGAAAAUUUACGGUCGCACAUGCGAACUCACACAGGAGAAAAGCCUUUCAGCUGCUCGGAGUGUGGUAGAGCUUUCACUGAACGUGGAAACCUGAAGAAACACAUGAUAACUCACACUGGAGAAAAACUUUUCAGCUGCUCAGUCUGUAACACAACUUUUACACGUAGAGGAAGUUUACGGAAACACAUGGCAGUCCACACGAGUGAGAAAAGAUUCAGCUGCAGUGUUUGUAACAAAAGAUUUGCCUGGCGUUCUGAUGUCAAAAAACAUAUAUGUGUUGGUCCGAUGGAAACAGAAGCUGAUGGAGAAGACCGUGGAGGACCAGAACCAGCAAGGAACUCAAAUCCACUUUUACAACCAGAGACUGAAGACCAGAUUGGAAACUCUUCUGAACCUGAGACUGGUGACAGUGCUGAUUGGAAGGAGACCAGAGAACCUCAGCCAGCUUUAAACUCUCUGAAACAUGAUUCAAGAUGUGAUGUUCAGCAGCUGCCAGUGGUUAAAGAAGAGGUUCCCCCUGAGCAGCAGGAGUGUAGCUCCAGUGUGGACCAGCGGGAGCCAGAGUACCCCCCACACAUUAAAGAGGAACAGGAGGAACUGUGGAGCAGUCAGGAGGGAGAGCAGCUUCAAGGGCUGGAGGAGGCUGAUAUCACCAAGUUCCCAUUCACUCCUGUCCCUGUGACGAGCAAAGAUGAUGAAGAGGAAGCUCAGUCCUCACAGCUUCAUCAGAGACAAACUCAACACAUGGAAGAAGAAGCUGAUGGAGAGGACUGUGGAGGACCAGAACCAGCCAGGAACUCACAUCCACUUUUACAACCAGAGACUGCUGACAAAACUUCAGACUUUCCUGAACCUAGACAACUUUCAAGCUUGUCCGUUGCCUCACAAUGUUGCAAACAAAGAAAUGAGAGCAGAGAACCUCAGUCAGGUUUAAACCCUCGGAAAAAGAACAGGUUUAGGUAUCGUCAGAAAAUAUAUCGCUGCUCUGAGUGUGGGAAACAAUUCAACCAAAACUCAAAUCUGAAGACACACAUGCGAACUCACACCGGAGAGAAGCCGUUCAGCUGCCCCUUCUGUGGUAAAAGGUUUGGCCAGAAGGCACACCUGCAGAACCAUUUGAAAUGUCACACGGGUGAAAAGCCUUACAAAUGUUCAGUUUGCAGUCGGCGUUUUUCACGGUUUGAACAUAUGAAGUUACACAUGAGAACACACACAGGGGAGCAACCGUGCAGCUGUACCAGUUGUGGAAAAAGAUUCACCCGGCUUCAUCAGUACAAAGCGCACAUCUGUGAGGGUGAAUCGUCCCGGCUGCAGGAGGAACUGUGGAGCAGUCAGGAGGGAGAGCAGCUUCAAGGGCUGGAGGAGGCUGAUAUCACCAAGUUCCCAUUCACUCCUGUCCCUGGGAAGAGUGAAGAUGAUAAAGAGGAAGCUCAGUCCUCACAGCUUCAUCAAACACAAUCACAUCCAGACAGUUUUGACUCAUAUAGACUCGAGUGUAACCCAUUCAUUGGACAGUUCUGGUGAGGUCACCCCUUGUUCCUUGAAGGCUAAAUUUACAUUGCUCCCUUUUGAGGCAAAAGUGAUCUCCAGUCACCAAGUGUUUUUAUCUCUAAACUAACACACCCAAUCCUCAUACCUCGUAAACAUUUUGGGUGUGAGAAGGCUUUCUUUCUCCCUUUUCACUGGGCCCUGUUCUCAAAAUGAAUACUGUUAUUGUUUGUUUAUCAGUUGCCUUAUUUGACAUAGGCCAGGGUCCUGUAUUACGAAGCAAGAUUUGGCGUUAACGCGGCUACUUCAUGUUUAACCCAGGGUUUUCUCUAUCAUGAUGGGGGAUCAGUUGUUACCAGGUUCAAUCGCCAUGGUAACUUAUGCUGAACACCUAACCUGGUCGGGAGCAGGUUGAUGUUGGAGAUUAGACAUCAACCCGUGUAAAAGCACCGCCUACUGACCAAUCAAUACUUGGUUGAUAACCAUUCCCUGAUAGGUAUCUUUAUGAAAGAUAUAGUUUUGAAGGAGA